AGCCAACCUGUCCUCUAGUCAUCUAUGAUUCUCACUGAUCGUAAAUCUAAUUCCAUCUUACCCUUCAUUGCGUUAUCCUUUAUCAGAUGUCAUGUCCUUUCUUCUCAUGACAGUUUGGUCAUCACACUACCCUACCAUCUAAGCUCUUCUCCCAUUAAAUGUGUAGUUAUGCAUAGCAAGACAACAAACUCUAAUAAUUCCUCUAGCCGGGAAAACCCAUCAUCGGAUAUGUCUUCAGCCACCACCGGAGUAAAUUCACCACUGCUUCAGGAGAACAGAUCAACAGCAAAGCAUACAUCGGUAUCCGGUGCUGUGUUCAAUGUGUCCACUAGCAUUAUUGGUGCUGGAAUUAUGUCAAUUCCGGCAACUCUCAAGGUACUAGGUGUAGUCCCAGCUUUUUUUAUGAUAGUGGUUAUAGCUUGGCUUGCAGAUGUCUCGGUUGAAUUCCUGAUGAGAUACACACAUGCUGGGAAAUCAACCACUUAUGCUGGUGUCAUGAAGGAGUCGUUUGGGCGGGUGGGAUCAGUCCUGGUGCAAAUAUGUGUUCUGAUGAAUAAUCUUGGUUGCUUGAUCAUUUAUUUGAUUAUUAUAGGGGAUGUUCUUUCAGGAAAUCAACCUGAAGGAUCAGUGCACUUGGGCGUUUUACAAGAAUGGUUUGGCAUUCACUGGUGGAAUACCCGAGCUUUUGCACUCCUCUUCAUUGUUGUUGUCAUCAUGCUUCCGUUGGUUUUGUUUAGGCGUGUAGAAUCAUUAAGGUUCAGCUCAGCAAUAGCGGUUUUUCUAGCUGUGCUGUUUGUUGCCAUCAGUUCGGUGAUGGCAAUUUCAGCACUCUUCCAAGGGAAAACAGAAAGCCCAAGACUGCUGCCCCACUUGGACAACAAAACCUCCUUUUUUGAUCUCUUUACUGCUGUCCCAGUCAUUGUAACAGCUUUCACAUUUCAUUUCAAUGUUCAUCCAAUAGGUUUUGAGAUGGACAAACCUUCUGAUAUGAUGUCUGCAGUCCGAAUCUCACUUAUACUAUGUGGUGCGAUCUACUUCACAGUUGGGAUCUUUGGAUACCUUCUUUUUGGCGAUUCCAUAAUGCCUGAUAUACUUGUUAAUUUUGACCAAAAUUCUGGUCCAGCACUUGGUUCUGCGCUCAAUGACAUAGUUCGCUUAAGCUAUGCCCUUCACCUCAUAUUGGUGUUUCCUCUCUUAAACUUCUCAUUAAGGGCAAACAUUGAUGAAUUCCUUUUCCCAAAUAGGCCUAUUCUGGCAAAAGAUAACACAAGAUACAUGUCCCUCACUCUUAUCCUGCUAGCCAUCUGUUACUUGGCAGCAAUAACCAUCCCUAACAUAUGGUACUUCUUUCAGUUCAUGGGAUCAACCUCUGCAGUCAGCCUUGCCUUCAUCUUCCCCGGUGCUAUUGCUCUUAGGGAUGUUCAUGGCAUAUCGACAUCAAGAGAUAGGAUUAUGUCUGCAGUAAUGAUCAUUUUGGCUGCUGCAACAAGUAUUAUAGCCAUUUCCACCAACAUAUACAGCUUUUUCACCUGAAACAGGCAAUGACUUACUUCCUGAUCCUUUGUAGAGAUAGCUUUUGAUCAACUAUUGGGUCCCUGCAAGCAAACCUCUUGCUGCUGUUGCUUCACAUGUCUGUAGUUCAUGUAUAGUGGAGGACUGCUCUAUGUUAUAUGGAUUUAUCUAUGCUUUAUUUUUUGUGAUAAGAUAUGAUUUUUGGGGUUAGCUCAAAACUCUUUGAGCAUGAGAUAUAUACACUUUACAAUUGAGUCAAAGAACAAAGUGAGCAUUAUGUUUUUA